CAGAAAUAUAUAACAUACAUAUCAUAUAUGCAUCUAUCAUGGCAUAGCCUCCUAUUUAGAACCAGAAAACUAUGCGUCUAUAUAAUACAUAUUUAUAACGAUUGCAAUCAAAGUGAUAGUUGCAGCAUAUCGAGAGCACUCAGCAGUUGUUGUGCGACGGGAUUCUGUAUUUGUAUUACAAGGUUCGUUAUUACCAUAUUCACAUUCAUAAGAAUGAGCGCGUUGGAUAGGUGACAUGCCGUGUCUUCAUAUUCGCAAUACGUCUAACUAGUAAAUACACACUCACUACCGAAGAACCGGGCGUCUCACUCACCACCGAAGGCCCGGGCAUCUGUGCAUAGACAUCGACACGCUUCUUGUUCUAGCGGUUCACGUUGGCAUAGCAACCAUGUCUACUCGUACGCGAGCUAGGAGCACCAAUGUAGCGCCAGACACUAUACCGAGCACUAACACAAACACUAUGGAUGAUACACGAACAUCAGCCAAGUUGCACAGCAACGGUGUGAAUGCUGGGGCAACGGCUUCUGCUGAGGAAAGUACACACAAGCAGUUUAAACUGAAGCAUCAGAGCUUGUCGAUCAACGUGGACUUCGACCAGAAGUUAUUGUGGGGAACUACUGAGUUGAUCUGCGGAGUGUUGGAUGGAAACAUCGAUAAAUUCAGGAUAAACAGUCGGCAAUGCAGACUCCACCGUGUGACGGU